CAAUUCUAAACACACUCAGGCAUAAUGAUAUCAUGCCAUAUGACACUAAACACUAUGAUGAUAUUUAUCAUGUUGGUUCAGACACAAACUUAUUGUAUGACUUUAUCUCUGUCCCUGUUUUGUCUUCUUGUGUGGACAUGUUUGUGUGUCCUACCUGUACUGCACCAGUGCUGAACACUGAGGAGGAGCACAGAGGGAAUCCUCUUAACCAGGUAAUCUCUGCACCCCAUCUGCUGUUACAGUCAUCCACCACGUCCACCCUCCACCAGUAUGCUAUUCCCUGGCUAGUCUCGGUCAACCAGCACAAGUGAAGACCAUGCUGCUGUCUCCCCAGGCAGAGAGGAACUGGGAGGAUCUGAGUUUAAUGCUUGAGGAUGUGCUGGAGGACCAGUCCCACAGGCAACUGUUCGCCUUAGAGCUGGGCUCUGGGACUGGGCAGCAUGUCAUACGCUUUGCCCAGAAGAUGCCCUUUGUUACCUGGCAGCCAUCAGACAUUAAGGAAGACUCUCGGGACAGUAUUAAGGCAUACAUUGCUGCAACCCAUACAAAGAAUGUGCUGCAGCCUGUCCACCUGGAUGCCAGCGAACCGUGGGAGAAAUGGGCAGGCCUUCCUCGCAACUCCUGUGACGUUAUUGUUGCCAUUAACUUGCUGCAGUACAGCUCCUUCAAAACAGCACAGGGUGUGUUCAGUGGAGCGGGUCAGAUCCUCAGACAAAAUGGCCUCAUAAUAACAUAUGGGGUGUACGCCAUUAAUGGCACCAUUACGCCAAGUUGUAAUGAACACCUUGACGCAGAGCUUCGACAACUAAAUCCAGAGUGGGGUCUUCCAGACAUCGAUGUGCUGAGACAGCUGGCCUAUGGGAACGGGAUGCGUAUGGAGAGGAUGAUUGAGAUGGAAGAAUACUACAAAUGCCUGAUCUUCAGAAAACUUUAAAGAAGCCAAACUGCAGUUAUAUGUUAAAGGUCCAGUGUGUAGGAUUUAGGGACAUCUAUUGGCAGAAAUGGUAUACAAUAUUC